UCCUACUCCUCGUCCUCCCCCCCUAGCCUGAGCCACAAUGGCAUAUGUAGCAUGACUUGUCAGCCCAAGAAGAAGAAGAAGAAGAAGAAGAAGAAUAGUAAUAUUAAUACACGUACGGAGCACAUCGGGGUUCUUCCUCAUCAUCGUCAUCACCAGGAGGAAGUCUGGAGCCAGCACGUUUUGGACCGGCGGCGGAUCAAGCCCCCAAGCCGCCCGCGCACCAUUGCUAGAAACGGCUAGACAGUGCCCAGGCCCGGGUUGCCAGUGUCAGCCAAGAGCCCCAACCUGCGGUGGGCCAAGCCAAGGCGAGGACUUCCAAG